ACGGCGCAUGGACCAUCGACUGGCCUCGCAAAUUUGACAUCGCAGGAACCGCGUUUCACUACAAGAGACCGACGGAUGAGGUGGAGUCUCUGGAGGCCCUCGGGGCCACCACGGAGAACCUGAUCAUUAUGGUGCUGCUGCAGGAACAGAACCCAGGAAUCAGUUACAAGUUUAAUGUCCCGAUCCAGCGCACAGGCAGUGGGGACAACGAGGUGGGCUUCAGCUGGAACCACCUGCCAUGGUCAGAGUGCUCAGCCACCUGUGCAGGAGGUUCACAGAAACAGGAGGUGGUUUGCAGAAGGAUGGACGACAACUCGGUGGUACAGAAUAGCUACUGUGAUCCUGAUGGAAAACCGCCGGAGAACCAGAGGCCCUGUAACACAGAACCCUGUCCACCUGAGUGGUUUAUUGGCGACUGGUCUGACUGCAGUAAGUUGUGUGAUGGAGGCACGAGGACACGGAUGGUGCUCUGCGUCCAAAAACUCGGCCCUGCAGAUGAAGAGAACCUGGAGGACCUUCACUGCCUCACGCAUCGACCAAUCGAGCGUGAGAGCUGCAACAACCAAUCAUGUCCUCCACAGUGGGUUCCUCUUGAUUGGUCUGAGUGCACUCCAAAGUGUGGGCAUGGCUUUAAACACCGCAUCGUGUUGUGUAAGAGCAGUGAUCUGACUAAAACAUUCCCAGCAGCGCUGUGUUCAGAGCUCAUCAAACCUCCGGUGAGGAUACGCUGCAGUCUGGGUCGCUGCCCUCCUCCACGCUGGAUCCCUGGAGAGUGGGGACAGUGUUCAGCACAGUGUGGUUUGGGACAGCAGAUGCGGAUGGUACAGUGUUUGUCCUACACUGGACAGCCUUCUAACGACUGCCCAGAGACGCUGCGUCCCAACAAGAUCCAGCCAUGUGAGAGUAAAUGUGCUGCCACGCCCAUCACCAAUGCUGAGGUGAAGUGUAAAGACGUUAAUAAAGUGGCGUACUGCCCACUGGUGCUGAAGUUCAAAUUCUGCAGCCGUGCCUACUUUAGACAGAUGUGCUGCAAAACCUGCCAAGGACACUGAUGAUCCUGCAGAGAGACGAGAGAGACAAAGACCAACCACUUGGGCUGGGGGACAAUGCUGCUUCCUCUCUCUCUCUCUCUCUCUCUCUCUCUCUCUCUCUCACACACACACACACACACACACACACACACACACACACACACACCUGCUUUGUCAGCCCUGUGGAACCCAAACCACUGAUCAGCAACAUGCUGACGCUUUUUAUUUAUAUUUUCACUUCUGUGAAGUGGGAACUUAUUAAUAUUGUCAUAACUGUUAUUUUAUUAUAAUAAUAAUAAUUAUUAUUAUUAUUGGUGUUAUUAUUAAUGUCAUUGAUGUUAUUGCUCUGUCUGAAUCCAAAGUGCUGGACACCUCAUAUACAGACCCUAACAAGUUACUCCGCUUUAUUUCUGGCUCUUUUGUGGCAGUGAAUUUUCCUGAUCAUCUGUUUAAGACUUAAAGUGAAACACAAGUGGACAAAAUAAAAGAAACAACUGUAACGUGACUUAAAGUGUCAUCUGAUAAAAGGGCGGAGCUUGUGGGCGGUGCUGGUGUCUCAGUGCUAACACUAACCUUAUCCUGCUAGUGUGCUGUCUGUGAACAAUGUUAGCUUGUAGGCUAUUUAAGCAUGUUAGCUCCUGCUAAUCAGUUUAGUGGUUUAUUAAACCUCCAGAAGUUCUGGGGUUAAAGUUCAUCAUGAUGAUCUCAGACACAAGUGGAUCAGGACUCGUCUUUCAUGUUAGUAAAGAGUUUUAGGGAUGUAAAGUCCUGACACAGAGGUUCUUCUGUACGAAUCUGAUCAUCAUGAACCUGAACUAAUUGAUUCGUCUCCUGUUCACGUGGCGUUUCUCUUAUUUUGUCCACGUCCUGUAGUUCAGCUGGACCUCCAUGGUUCCUCUGCAGACAGACGUUACAGAUUACCCGACACCUGACUACACAUGGCCCUGCUCAUGCUAAUGAUGUUCCUCACGCUCAGCUUGGUUUAAACAUGUGUUUGGAUACGGCCUCCUCACUCCUCCACACACCUCCUCACUCCUCCACACACCUCCUCACUCCUCCACACACUUUUCCUACACCUCCACACGCCUCCACAAGCUUCUUCCACACCUCCUUUCUGUUUUUUUUUUAAAGAGUGUUCUCAUGACAUUGACAUAGCAGGAAAACUACAGAAGCCGUCAGAGCGCCACCCGCUGCCUGGUGGAGAGGACGGAGGAUAAAGUUUGGCUGGAGGAGAUCUGCUGCUGUGUGUGUCCUUCACCACAGUGUUUAGGAAGAACAUGCCAAGCUCCAACAUCCACUCAGAAUGGGACUACCUCCUCCAUCCCUCACUACAUCUCUCACUACAUCUCUCACUACAUCCCUCCUUCCCUCAUUGUAAACACUCUUCACAGAACCCUCCUUGCUCUCUGGUGCUUUGUUCCUUCAUCGCUUCUUCAACCUUCUCAUGAGGAAGCCUUGAUCCUUUCACUCCUUUGGUGCUAACAGGAGCUUUGUGACUCACCAAACUGUAAAACAAUUCUGGGUGUUUUUUUUCAUACAGUCGAUGUUUGUAUGUUUUACCUCACACUAUAUUGCUGAUCGUGUUGUUUAAGCCCCGCCCAUUCC